AUGCCUACCGUUGGCGUCGACAAGGAGCACUUUUACAAGGCGCUUGGGCGCACGUAUACAACGCAGGAGUUCGACGAACUGUGCUUUCAAUUCGGUAUCGAACUCGACGAUGACACCACUGAAGAAGUGGCCAAAGCUGGACUGGGCGAGCGUGCUCAGCUCAAGAUCGACAUCCCCGCCAACAGGUACGAUCUUCUCUGCCACGAAGGGAUCUCGCGUGCGCUCAACGUGUUCCUAGGCAACAUUGCUCAGCCUCAAAUCAAGCUCAGCCAGCCGGAAAACAUGAUCGAGAUCAAACUCAGCAAAGACGUAGCGCGCAUCCGACCAUACUUUGCCGGCGCCGUGUUGAGAAACGUGAGCUUCACUGCGGAGAGCUACGCCCACUUUAUCGAUCUGCAGGACAAGCUGCAUCAAAACCUAGCUCGUCGUAGGACACUGGUCGCUAUCGGUACGCACGACUUGGAUACCAUCUCGGCUCCCUUCUCGUACGAGGCGCUUCCGCCCAAGCACAUCAAGUUUGCACCACUCAACAAGGAGCAAGAGUACGACGCUAGCCAGCUGAUGGAGCUGUACGAGUCGGAUAAGCACCUGUCGCGCUACCUGCACAUCAUCCGUGACAGCCCAGUGUAUCCGAUCAUCUACGAUUCCAACCGACAGGUUCUCUCGAUGCCGCCGAUCAUCAACUCGAACCACAGCAAGAUCACGCUCGAUACGAAAAACGUCUUUAUCGACACCACCGCGAUUGACGAAACCAAGCUGGGCAUUGUGAUCAACAUCAUCGUCGCCAUGUUCUCCCAGUACUGUGCAGAGCCGUUCACUGUGGAGCCUGUCAAAGUAGUAUACCCGGAUGGCAAGGUUAAGGUGACGCCGGAUCUGAGCAACGUGCGCUUGCCGGCUUCGGUCGACUACAUCAACCGAUGCACCGGUCUGCAGCUUUCUCCGCAACAGAUGAUCGAGUAUUUGAAAAAAAUGGGUCACUCGGCCACGGUAGAUGCGGACGCUCCCACUGAGAAGCUCAUCGUAGAUGUUCCUCCGACACGACCGGAUAUUCUGCACGAGUGCGAUCUCAUGGAAGACGUCGCGGUGGCGUUCGGCUUCGACAAUCUGCCCAAGACGUUCCCUGCGACCAACACGGUUGCUGCUCCUCUGCCGAUCAACAAGCUGGCCGACAUUGUUCGACGCGAAUGUGCGUAUUCCGGGUGGAUCGAGGUGCUUCCGCUCAUCCUGUGUUCGCACGAUGAGAACUUUGGCUGGUUGAAGCGCAAAGAUGAUGGCACAAGUGCGAUUGUGCUCGAGAAUCCCAAGACGGCCGAAUAUCAAGUGGUUCGAACGAGCCUUUUGCCGGGGCUCCUCAAGACGGUGCGAGAGAACCGCAAGCACGCGUUGCCAUUGCGAACGUUUGAAGUCUCGGAUAUUGCCUUGAAGGAUGCCGACGAGCUCGAGCGGUGUGCUCGCAAUCAGCGACAUGUCGGAGCCGUGUACUGCGACAAGACGGCGAGUUUCGAGGUGGUGCACGGCCUGUUGGACCGGUUGAUGUUGAGCUUGGACAUUGCGCGCAUCCCAGCCUGCUCGACCGUAGCCGAUAAAGGCUACUGGAUCCAGCAAGACGUCGAUAACCCCACAUUCCUACCCGGUCGAGCCGCCACGAUCCACGUCCGUCUACCGGCAACCACGUACAACCCUGGCUCUGCAACGCACCACGCGCAUGCUCUCGACACCAUCAAGCAUGACCUCGAAUCCUCGCUCCCCUCCCACACCGAUCACGUCCUAGGCCACAUCGGCGUCCUUCACCCACACGUCCUCAACAACUUUUCCAUCGACUACCCCUGCUCCGCCCUCGAAUUCAUCCUCGACCCCCUCCUCUAA